AUGUUUAUGAACGCUCCUCCCCGGUUGGGCUUUCAUGGCUCGGACAUUUUCGCCUUUGAGCAGAGAAUGACAGCCAGAGCCCAAGAACAAUUCAACAAUCGACGCUUUAGAAAACUGAUUGCACGUCACAAACACCCCCUGAGUGCUCACAGGUCGCCGCAGAGUCCAGGCAGCAUGGCUAGUGAGGAUUGGUCAUUAGCCAAUGUGCCGGAUGGUAUCCAAGACAGUUUCGAGGCUCAGCAGCUCCGGAACAGAUAUCUCGCUGGCACUGCUGGAAGUCCCUAUUCCGACCCCGAGUCUUACAUGAUCUUUCAAAGAUUGCAACAAGUCGACACUUCUUUGCAUGACACACGGCCAGUCAUGGACCAUGGCCAACCAUGGCAUCCAGAUGGAAUGCUAUACACAAACGACAUUCAGUCCAUGUUUGCGCCAAUGCAGUUCCAGUUCGGUGUUGCGUCCAUGGAAGGCACUCCGAUAGCCGGCCCUGGUUAUAUUGGUCAAAACGUCCUUGUCUCCUCUCCGGUAUUCUCAGCAACGGAGUCAGGUGGGAGCUUUGGAAGCUUCUCUUCCACUGGCGCUCCUAAUCCAAUGGAUGCCGGCUCUUUCAGCUCAGUCGACGGCAUCAUAGACACUAGCCCCUCCCAACAGUUCGAAUACACCAAUUCACCCUUUGCAUCCUCAUCUCUGAUAAUGGAGAAUAUGCCCAACAUCAAGGCACCUCCCUCGCCACUGGCCUUUUCUGAGCCAACGCCUAUUGUCUUUUUCCAGUCACCCUCAGCCCAGCUUACUGAGCCCCCGUGCCACAGGGAAGACCACCAUAACACUACGAGGAUUCCUGUUCUGCAGAGCUACAAUGGUGAUGUCAAAGCUGAGCCACCAGUUCACCAUCCGGAGGUUCCAAAGCCAAGAAAAGGACUCCCUGAGAAGCCGAGGCCUCGCGUCAACUCCAACGAGGUGGCACAACGAUGCAAUUCCUCGGCUCACAAGGCUGCUGCACCAGGCUCUCAAAAGGAACUUAGACCCAAGCAAACAAAGCCCUGCCAGCAAGAAGUCCCCAUCGCAGACAUUACGGAUCAAGACCGCAAUUUAAAGGAUGAAUACCUUCUUCAAGCCAAGGCGCAAGGUUUGACCUACCGUGAGAUCCGCGUCAAGGGCAACUUCACAGAGGCAGAAUCGACCCUCCGUGGUCGCUAUCGCACUUUGACCAAGACAAAAGAGGAGAGAGUUCGGAAGCCUGAAUGGACUGAUAACGACAUCCAGCUGCUCCGGAGAGCUGUCCGCAAGUUCUCCAAAGGUAACGACCCGGCCUCUAUGAAAAUUCCUUGGAAGCAGGUGGCUGAAUACAUCCGCUCGCAUGACGGCUCGUACUUGUUUGGCAACGCCACAUGUCGGAAGAAGUGGGAUGAAAUCGUCCAACAUUCUGCGGGACGGCACGUAGAUGAGAACACGGCCAGUUAG